AGAGCGUCUCUGAAGUUGUUGGUGUCGUGUUGUGGAGAUUCUCCGUAUAGAUCACCCCAGAGGAUGGAGAUGACACCCCUCAUCCUGAUCAUUCUGGGGGUGUCAGGAGGGUAUUGUGACAGUCACUCUCUGCGGUAUUAUUACACUGGAGUCUCCUCUCCGGGAUCCGGACUCGCUGUGUUCUCUUCAGUCGGAUAUGUGGAUGAUAAGGAGAUAUCAAAUUAUAACAGUGACACCCGACAGAAUCUUCCCAAGACUGAGUGGAUGAAGAAACUGGGAUCUGAAUACUGGGAGAGGAACACACAAAGAGGUCGGAGCAAUGAGGCUUCUUUCAAGUACAAUGUACAGACAGCGAUGAGACGAUUCAACCAGACUGGAGGGAUCCAUAUUGUACAGUUGAUGUACGGCUGUGAGCUGAGAGAUGACGGCACCACUGAGGGGUAUAUGCAGUUCAUAUAUGAUGGGAGAGAAUUCAUGUAUCUGGACACACAGAAUGGGAUCUUUAUCCCGAACAUGAAUGAGGCUCAGAUCACCACACAGAGAUGGAACAGUCCGGAGAUGAGAGAAGGGGAGAGAAGGAAGAAUUAUGUGGAGAAUAUCUGUAUAGAAUGGCUGAAGAAACACAUCAACAAUGGGAGAGAAGAUCUGGAGAAGAGAGUGCCCCCAGAGGUGAAGGUGUGGGGUCAUCGUCAGUCGGAUGAUGUGACCAGACUCCAGUGUCUGGUGUACGGGUUUCACCCCCGACCUGUGGAUGUGAAGUGGGUGAGGAAUGGGACAGACCAUAUUCCUUCAUAUGAAAUGACUCCAAUUCUCCCCCAUCCUGAUGGCACCUAUCAGAUCAGAGUCAGUGUGGAAGUGCCAACAAGGGAGGGAGACUCUUACUCCUGUCAUGUGGAUCACAGCAGUCUGGAGGAUGAGACCCUCAGUGUGAUAUGGGAUCCCAAUGCAAACUCUAAGGACAAUAUGCCUAUAAUUAUCAGUGUUGUUGCUGUUGCUGUAAUGCUCAUUUUCGUUUCUGUUAUUGGAUUCCUUGUAUACCGGAGGAAACUUUCAGGCAAGAGGCUUGCUAAUCCUAACAUUUAUGUACCAGCUCCCAACAAUGAAGAGAAUUCUAACUCAUCCAACAGCUGAAUGAUGACAAUUGUCUGAAGAUCUUCUACAAGGAAACUGAACAACUCCAAACCCCGUUCUGCUUUGCUUUCAAAUUGAUGGCUUGUUUUAGGUUUUAUGGUCUACAGAGUGAAUUAAAGUGCACCUGUCUUAAAGAAUAUUUGUCACUUUAAUGUAAACAUCAUUGUUAGAUAUCUUUUGAUAUUUCCUUAUAAUCAUUUGUUUGAUAAGAUUCUAAAGGAUCUGUAAAAUUAUUCUGCCACAUGUAAAGACAAAUCUUUGUGAUUUUGUCUCCCUUUUAAUAUCUCUGACUGUACAAAAAACUGUCUGGGGCCUCGGAGAUCUCUAUUCUGCAGAUUAAUAAUGAAAUUUCUCGGUCCAGACACAUGAGCUGAAUGCCGGGCAACAUCAGCCAGUUCCAUAAAAACCAUCCGACAUGCGGCACGUGUGUAUGAAAGAUGAAGUGACUAGCGCAAUAUUAAAUGGCUAUGUAGCAAAAA